GAUAUUAUAUAAUAUAAUAACCUGUUUCUUUUAAUUUCCCCUCUCUCUGAUGUCUACCUCCUCUUACUCACAGUGACUAUGCCGGAAAUACAGGAAAUAGUUGACGGAGGUGGGUCGGGAAGGAAACCGCAGAAUAACCUUGUGCAGGGGACCUCAGCGGCGGGAGCCAGAGCUUUGGGAGCACAGAUCAUCGCAUUCUACUUCCGGGCUCCGGUAAAGGCGUUUUUCAGACUACGGGUGGAUUAUAUGCACGUUCCAAGGGCUAUAAAUCCAAGAGUGCAAGCGAAUGAACGAUGGUCGUUAAGACAGUCCACUCCUGGGCUUCUAUUUCAUGCGGUAAAGCACCACGGAUGGAAGUUCAUUCCUAACCAAGUUCUCCCACCACUAGUAGCAAAUGCAACCAUCGGUACGAUCCUCUACACUUCGUACCUACAGGUCCUUGGAAGCCUUUACCAACCUUCCUCACAACCUACAAAACGAGUCUACCCACCACCCCCGUUCAGUGCGGCCUUCCAAGCCGGCUCUGCAGCUGGAGCCAUUCAAUCCCUCGUUGCGGCACCCCUCGACGCCCUAGUAGUCCGCUUCCGAGUAAACGACAUGCUAGAAGGAAAGUACACAUCUAUGUGGCAAUACGGAAAGCACAAACUUCACGAGAUCGGCCUCCGAGGGGUUUUCUCGGGUUACACACUCUCCUUCCUGAAAGAGUCCCUUGGAUACGGCCUUUUCUUUGGAUCGUUCGAGUACGUUAAACAACAAGCUUACUUCUCAUACUUGACAUGGUACUACGGCCGAAGGAGACGAAAGCACCAUACAGAGCAUGCCACCAUCCGUCCGCAUUACGCCCUCGAACCGAUUUUCCUGCUCCUAGCCGGAUUCUCGGCCUCAGUUACUCAACAGGCAGUCCAGCACCCGUUGGCCAAGAUCCAGGAUGUGCAUUAUGGAAGACUGGAAUCUAUCGAUUAUGCCUCGAAGCUGCAGCAUACUUCAGCCCUGAGGGAGUACGCGCACGGCUACGAGAAAACAUUCGCGCAGUGUAAAAAGCAGGCGGUGAAGGUUGGCGGGUGGAAUAAUUGGUUGUACAAAGGGUUUGCGCUCAACACGCUGAGGCAGGUGCCCAGUACAGCUGCGGGGCUGAUCGUGUUUGAGCUGGUUAGGAGGAAGUUUGGGGAUGCGAGGGAAGCGGUCGCUAUUGAGUAUGAGAAUUCCACGAUCUUGUUGUUGUAGGUGGAGCGAUUCGGCUAUUUAGAUGUUUUUUCAGAGGGCAGAGAGGCGACUGCUUGCGCGGUAUGUGUUUUAGCGGCAUUUUGUGGACGGUGUUUGGUGGGGAUGUUUGCUUGCAUUCCGGGCUUACUUGCUCCACUCUUGCUUGAGGGGUUUAGAUUGAGUGUGAUAGACUUUUAGGUGGCCUCCCCCAUUUUGCUCUCCCUUUCCUCUUUCCUGAAUGGGUUAGGGCUGGUAAAAUAUCAGGAAAAAAUAGAGAUAACGCGCUGUGGAGAUACUGGAGAUACUUGUACGAUACCGUAUAAACACAGAAAUAUAGGACUUCUCC